GCGGCUGGGCUGAGCGCGGGGCGGCGGCGCGGAGGCGCCUCCUGGUCCGCCGCGGUCUGUCCCCGCGCCGCUGCCAUGGCGGGAGCCGGAGGCGGCGGCUGCCCCGCGGGCGGCAACGACUUCCAGUGGUGCUUCUCGCAGGUCAAGGGGGCCAUCGACGAGGACGUGGCGGAAGCUGACAUCAUUUCAACCGUUGAGUUUAACUGCUCGGGAGACCUUCUUGCAACAGGAGACAAGGGCGGCAGAGUGGUUAUUUUUCAGCGGGAACAAGAGAGUAAAAGCCGUCCCCAUUCUCGGGGAGAAUAUAAUGUUUACAGCACCUUUCAGAGCCACGAGCCAGAGUUUGACUAUUUGAAAAGUCUAGAAAUUGAGGAGAAAAUUAAUAAAAUCAGGUGGUUACCACAACAGAAUGCUGCUCAUUUUCUACUGUCUACAAAUGAUAAAACGAUUAAAUUAUGGAAGAUAAGCGAACGGGAUAAAAGAGCGGAGGGCUACAACUUGAAGGAUGAAGACGGACGCCUUCGGGGUCCGUUCAGGGUCACGGCACUGCGGGUCCCCACAUUGAAGCCCAUGGACCUUAUGGUGGAAGCCAGCCCACGGCGGAUCUUUGCGAAUGCUCACACGUAUCACAUCAAUUCCAUUUCAGUGAACAGUGACCACGAGACGUAUCUCUCUGCAGAUGACCUGCGAAUUAACCUGUGGCACCUGGAAAUCACAGACAGAAGUUUCAACAUCGUGGACAUCAAGCCCGCGAACAUGGAGGAGCUGACGGAGGUCAUCACGGCGGCCGAGUUCCACCCACACCAGUGCAAUGUGCUCGUCUACAGCAGCAGCAAGGGCACCGUGCGGCUGUGCGACAUGCGCUCGUCCGCCCUGUGCGACAGGCACGCCAAAUUCUUUGAGGAGCCCGAGGAUCCCAGCAGCAGGUCCUUCUUCUCAGAGAUCAUCUCCUCCAUCUCCGACGUGAAGUUCAGCCACAGCGGGCGGUACAUGAUGACCAGGGACUACCUGUCGGUGAAGGUGUGGGACCUCAACAUGGAGAGCAGGCCCGUGGAGACGCACCAGGUGCAUGAGUACCUGCGCGGCAAGCUCUGCUCGCUCUACGAGAACGACUGCAUCUUUGACAAGUUUGAGUGCUGCUGGAACGGCUCCGACAGCGCCAUCAUGACCGGCUCCUACAACAACUUCUUCAGGAUGUUUGACAGGAGCUCGCGGAGGGACGUCACGCUGGAGGCCUCUCGCGAGAACAGCAAGCCUCGCGCCAGUCUCAAGCCCCGGAAGGUGUGUGCGGGCGGGAAGAGGAAGAAAGACGAGAUCAGUGUGGACAGUCUGGACUUCAACAAGAAGAUCCUGCACACGGCCUGGCACCCGGUGGAGAACACCAUCGCCGUGGCCGCCACCAAUAACUUGUAUAUAUUCCAGGACAAGGCCAACUAGGGACGCCGGCUCUGUCUCUGUCGCCAUCGCCAUCACCAUGCCGGCCUCCCUGCCCCAGGAGGGCAGCGGCCUCCCCGGCACAAGCGCCAGGCCCCUCUCCCUGCCUUCCCGCGUGCGGGGAGAGCUGGGGGCUGCUGCUGCAGGCAGAGUUGGACGUUGCUCAAUAAAGGCCAUUCCUCAAGUAAACGUA